CAGUCGUCUGUUAUUCCCUUUCGUCGUUGACAAGCGUGACAGAUAAAAAUGUUAGGUUAUGUCCGGGCGAAAUUCUCGUUUUCACAGUGGUGAUGACAUCAUAGAAUGAUACGGAUGAGGAGGAAUAGCAUAAAUAACAUGUCUAAUUUACGUGACUGGAGGCAAGCAUUAAGUGCACCGCAUGUGUACAGAGUCGCGAACAGCACGUUCCGCAUUCAAAGCCAGUAUUUGGCUCUAAUUCUCCUAUUAUUAAGUAUUCCUAUGUUUCUGCUCUGUUUUCCAUUGUUGAGGGUAAGGUCGUCGUCCGAUCAGCUGUACACGCAGUGUCGCUACCACAAGUACAAUAAAACGUAUCCCUUGUCAACCCCCAUUGAGACGGUAAUGGGUAUCACGUAUAGAAUAGCCAUAGUAAGUGAUCUCGAUCAUGACUCCAAAAUCUUGGACAGAAAGAACGUGUGGUACAGCCUUAUGAAAACUGGAAGUCUCUUUUGGAAUCCUAGCACUACGUACGUCUCCAUCGUUUGGGAUGACAAGGCAAGCAUGUUGACAACAUCGUUGACAAUGAAAGGACGAGGCAUGGAAUUGUCUGAAUUGCUUGUAUACGAUGGGCGGUUACUCGCUUUUGACGACCGUACUGGAGUAGUAUACGUCAUCGAGGGUGCAGAAGCUUAUCCAUGGUUAAUAUUAAUGGAUGGCAAUGGGAAGAGUAAAAAAGGAUUUAAAACAGAGUGGGCAACAGUCAAGGACGAACAUCUAUAUGUCGGCAGCAGUGGAAAGGAAUGGACUACCGAUUCAGGAAUAUUUGAACACAACGAUCCCCUGUGGAUAAAAGUAGUGUCUCCUCGUGGCGAAAUAUACUCGUCGAACUGGGAUAUGAAUUAUAAACGUCUGAGGCAAGCAAUCAACAUAGAAUUUCCAGGCUAUAUGAUUCACGAAUCCGGAGUCUGGAGCAACAUACAUAAAAGUUGGUUCUUCUUACCAAGAAGGUGUUCACAAGAACAGUACAAUGGCGCUAAAGAUGAGACAAUGAGUUGUAAUGUACUGCUAAAAACGGACGAGAAUUUCACUGAUAUCGAGGUCACUCAGAUACGCAAUUUCGUAUCAAUAAGAGGCUUCUCAAGCUUCAAGUUUCUGCCGGGUUCCGGUGACAUGAUAAUCGUCGCGCUUAAAACGGAAGAAUAUCUAGGACAAACUGCCACGUACAUUACGGCUUUUACAAUUAAAGGUGCUACGAUACUACAAGACGCUAGGAUAGAAGAUAAGAAAUUCGAGGGUCUAGAAUUUAUAUAACAUUCCAUUUAGGAAUACCGCCGUCUCUGACCCGGAGAAAAUGUUAAUAUAAUAGGAAAUCGGUCCAAUUGAAAUUUAUUUAUUGACUAGUGUAUUGCUUUCAUUGCAAAAGCAAUUAUAAUUGACUUUUCUACCGAAAUAAAUAGUUUAAUUUAUUUUUACAAGAUAUA